AUGUCCAUUCAAUUAACUCUGACACUUAAAAAAUGUUCUGCUCAGCGUUUCGGUAUUUUUGCAGGUUAUGGCCUCAUCACGGAAAACUGUCCCUCGUCCACCGUCGGGUGUCGUAUAAAAGCUCGAUCGGAUAAAGUUGAAUGGUAUGAAUGGUCAAAACUAUACGACCGAAAUCAGCUCGUCUGUAUCUAUCCAGGAGAGUACGAAGGAACAGCAGGCAACAAUUUCAUUUCAGGAUGCGUUCGAAAACCGUCAGGGAACAUACGGUGUUGGUGUGGCGGCAUGGAUGACUGUAACGAUCCAGAAACGAGCCAACAACUCGUUGAUGCUUUUCGGAAACAAGAUAGAGCGAAAAUCCUCCAUAUCGGUAAAAAAUUGGAGGCCGGGGAAAGACGUAAGCAAAUCAAUUUUUAA